AUGGGCAGUCGUGGGCAAGUGGCUUCAUCUCCUGCUGCUUGCCAGGCCCAUGGCAGCAACGCAGGGCUCAGCAGCAUCCACCAGCUGAAGGAAAGAUGCUGCUUCUCCCUGCAAACCUCCUACCCUUGGGCAGGUGUGUAUGGAUUUAUAAAUACAUGCCUGAAGUCUUUGGUGGUUGAAAAGUACGGUGAAGAAACAUGGGAAAAAUUAAGACUGCAGGCUGGAGUCCAGGAUUCCUUCUUGACUUUUGAGGUUUACAAAGAUGAGAUCACAAUGCAGCUCGUUGACAAAGCCUGCAAAAUAUUAGGUGUUCCUGCUGACAUGGUGCUGAGAGAGUUUGGAGAGUAUUUCUUUGAAUUCUGUAAGCGCUCAGGCUAUGACCACAUGCUGAGGACACUGGGUGGAAAUCUCUAUGAGUUCAUAGAGAACCUGGAUGCAUUGCACAGCUACCUGUCCCUUUCUUACCAGGAGAUGAAUGCCCCAUCUUUUAGAGUAGAAAAGAAUGAAGAUGGGUCAAUGCAUUUACAUUACUAUUCAGAUAGAAGAGGUCUGUGCCAUAUCGUACCAGGAAUCAUUGGUGCAGCAGCCCUGGAUUUUUUUAACAUUGAGAUUUCAAUGGAAAUAGUCAAUCAAACGGAAGAAGAAGAAAGAACUGGGAAAAAAGAACAUAUUGUUUUUCUUGUCACUCAAAACCCUGUAUUUUCAUACAAGGAAAGAAACGAAUUUUCUUCCUCAUCUCAAUACCUUGCUGACUCUGAAAAAAGAAUUGAGAACCGACUGAAUAAAGAGGACCUUGAAAAAGCCAAGAACACAAUUAGAGACAGAGGAAGCUCUGUUUGUCCUGUCAAGAAAAGUCACUGGAAAACAAUAAGAGGAAUAAUCACAUUAGGAAAAGGUAAGCUCCUGAGAGGAUUUGAUCCGGUUUAUCCCAAGAGCCUCUGGGUUGACACAAAAACAUUUUGCAAUGGACUUCCUUUUCAUAUGGUUUUUGACAAAGAGCUCAGAGUGAAGCAAGCUGGGGUGAGCAUUCAAAAGAUAGUACCUGGCCUUCAGACCAUGGGCAUCUGCUUGGAUCACUAUUUCAGUAUCGUUCACCCAGAAGUACCCUUCACCAUCUCUAGCAUUCAGAAAUUCAUCAACAGCCAAUUUGUUUUCCAAACUAGAAGAGAGAUGAUGCCAGAGUCAUGGAAACAACGGCCAAUGCUAGAGCUGAGAGGCCAGAUGAUCUGGAUGGAGUCCCUGCAGUGCAUGCUCUAUCUCUGCUCACCUUUGCUUCGCUCUUUGCACGAACUGGAGGAGCGACAGAUGCAUAUUGCAGACAUUGCACCUCACGACGUGACCAGGGAUUUGAUUCUUCUCAAUCAGCAGCGACUGGCAGAGAUGGAGCUCUCUAACCAGCUGGAGAGGAAGAAGGAAGAACUGCGGAUACUGUCGAAGCACCUAGAGGAAGAGAAGAAAAAGACUGAAGCUCUGCUCUAUGCCAUGCUUCCUCAGCAUGUGGCCAACCAGCUGAAAGAGGGGAAGCGAGUUGAGGCAGGAGAGUUCAAGGAGUGCACUAUAUUGUUCAGCGAUGUUGUGACCUUUACCAACAUUUGUGCCCAAUGUGAGCCUAUUCAGAUUGUUCUCAUGUUAAAUUCAAUGUACCUGAGAUUUGACAGACUGACCACGGUGCAUGAUGUGUACAAGGUGGAGACAAUUGGCGAUGCCUAUAUGGUGGUAGGUGGGGUCCCUGUGCCUGUGCCCACUCACGCGGAGCGAGUUGCUAACUUUGCCUUGGGGAUGAUAAUAGCAGCUAAAGGAGUGCAGAACCCAGUUUCGGGAAAUCCUAUCCAAAUUAGAGUUGGGAUCCAUACAGGUCCUGUUUUGGCUGGAGUUGUUGGAGAAAAGAUGCCUCGUUAUUGCUUGUUUGGAGACACAGUGAAUAUAGCUUCCCGGAUGGAGAGUCAUGGCGUCCCGAGUAAAAUUCACCUCAGCUCCAGUGUCUAUCAAUGCUUAAAAUACAAGAAUUUUGAGAUGACUGAAAGAGGAGAAAUAGAAGUAAAAGGCAAAGGGAAAAUGCACACAUACUUCCUCAUUAGAAAUAAAACUGCAACAGAGAAUGAGAUAAUGGGAAGGCCAAUGAAAGGCUUAGAUUCUGGCCAUGAAUCUGUCCAGUCCUUUCAAGAAGGCAGAACUGAGACAAUACCAAAUUGUCAUCAGCCAGUUACUCAGACUCAACUAGAGAAGGACCAGACCCCAGCUAUUGCAAUGAAGUAUGUUGAUGGCCCCACAGAUGUGCAAAACAGCCUCAAAAGAAGAAAUCAAGCAAAAAUUGCAGAUUUAAGAGGCAAAACUUAUGAUUCCAAAAGCGAUGGGAGUCUCCAUGGCAACCAGCAUGCAGAUGAUGGUCCUUGUCCUCUAAACCAGGGAAGAGUCAAACCUGCUACUGAAGAAUCACGGAUUAGAAAUGUUCGCUCUAAUUUUUGCACUUUACUCUAAGUUUGUUACUUUUUACAUUAAACAGAGCAAUUUUAUUAUAAUUUAGUGCAUUUUGCUGUUGUGGGACUGAUUUUGCAUAUCAGAUACCACAUGAUUUUGUAAAAAAAAAACCAAAAUACAAGAAAAAGACAUUGCAUCACAGGUUUCAGCAAAAAGAAAACAAUGGAGGAUAUAUAUUUUUUUUAAUCGAUCUACACGUGCCAUAUAAUACCCCCACUGGGGAAUGAAACCACCACAAGAAGCUUUGAAGACCUAUUUUUCAGUCUUUGAAUAUCCCUAUGUAAAAAUCACUUUUUUUGGUAUGUCAUGCAGCAAAUUCAGAAAGAGGUGACUCAUCCAGCUAGAAAUAUUCCUACUGAAAUGAGCACUUGCCAUAAAAGAAACAUUCCCUGAAGUGACCAUCUGUCUUGACUUGAGCACAGCCAACAACUUCUCCAUGUAAGGUUAGCAGAGUUUGAUGUACAUUUUAAGCGUGAUGACAGUUUGAUCUCCUAACGGGUCUUUUAUUGGAUAAAGGCAUCAUGCAGUAGAAGUGCAAAAUAGAGCUAAUACAACCUGGUUUUUUCCAUCCAGAAGAGAAAAUUCUGUGUACUUUAUAGCUUACAGCAGUAAAAACCCAUCUGUAACCUUCGAACCAGCCAUCCGUGCGGUGCUUAGAUGGUCAUAGAAGGAGACACACAUAGUGGAGUUACACAGCAUCAAAUUCAUCACAACACUGAAGGACUGUUCAAGGCCUGUGAACUGUUUGAGACUGUCAAACGAGUUGCCAGUUUGUUUCUCAUUUUCUCACCCCAGCUAGACAAAAAUAAACUCUCAGGACUAGAGAGGGAGCCUGUCAGUUCUGGAAUUAAUGUUGUUAGCGUCAUUGAAAAUAACAGUGUUAAAAAUCAACAUCACUUACCUGGUGUCAGAGGCUCCUCAGCUGAAUGACUUCCAUGCCACUAUAUUCUUAGAUUAAGACUGAUCAGAAAUGGCAGAGAACAAUUGAAGUUCAGCUGUCAGGGAUUUAAGAUGUGGGAGCAUAAAUACAAUGGAUAUAAAGGUUGUGGACAAUUCGGCACAUCAUAAAUUGUGCUCUCGCUCCCAUAAACAGAGCUUGGAGUAGGUGGAAUGUACUUGCACUGGGUGACUUUGACAGGAGAUGCACCCUGCACACCAAUUUAUUACCUUUGGGCAAGGGUUCGCUGUCUAAGGAUGCAAGCACGGGACCCAUUUGAACUUUGAGCAAGAACUCAUUGGAGAAGAUGAUGUUACUCCUCUGUUACAGUCUGGAGCAUCACAUUUCCACCUCUGUGUCUGCGGCAAGAGUAAGGCUCUUUAAACACCAGACAGAGAGGUAAGAUUGAUGAAAGGCAUCUCCUCCUCUCUAUAAUAUAACAAGAUGAAAUGUCACCUGGUUAGAUUUUCUUUUUAAAUCUCUGAGGCAGUAACUCCCUUGUCUGGGUGCUCUACAGCUCUGUCUACAUUAGCAAGUACUGCAGACCAGAAGAGGAGGAUAUGUAGAGUGAAACCAUCAGUGCUAUUUGUCCACACUGUAGAUAUUGCAGAGGGCUUGCUAGUGUGGUCCCACUCACUGAAUAUGUGCUAGCUUUUGGAGUACUCACCUUACAAGCACAUCCUCUGACUUGGUUUCAUCCAGAAGAUAUCCAUUCGUGUGCUUUGAGACCACUCUACAGUGUGAAACAAAGUACGGUAAGUGGGUUUGACCAGGAAAUUCAGUCAGGAGGGUGCUCCUGACUCUGAAAUGCUGAUGUAGACACAUCCUUUAACAUUAACACUUUCCACAGUAUAACUGAGUAGCACCAUUCUGGGCGAGUGCAGUUUUAUGAAAGGCAGGAUUGGUUUAUUUAUCUAGGCACUGUUCAUUAUUUUGGGGAGGGCAAGAUCUACUGUAGAUGAAGAUGGAUCUAUAGAUUAUUAUCGUCAAGUUGGAUAUCAAGAUUUGAAACAUUUGACUGUGUGCUACCCUCAGACACACAAUGUCUAAAUUUCACCUUCAUCCUUGGUUACUCCUCCCCAUGGUCCCAGUGCUCAUGGCUUUGCACUUAGGCAUUAUGAACACAGCUUUAAAAAGACUUUCCUAAGAAAGAUAACACCCAACUUCUUCCUCACUUACAAUGAUUUAAACAUGAAAAAACAGUGAAAUCAGCACUAUCCCAUUGAUCCAAGUUGAGAAUCAACUGUGACAAGACUUCUUUGAUUCCAACAUAGAGACACGUUUCACUACUCUUUAGUCCUGCUGAUGGAACGGAGAACACAACAUUUAACAGCUGGCAGUGGUGGACUCUGUCUUUAUCAGCAUUUGCUAUGGAGAUUUAAAGCAGCUUAGCCCCAAGCACAAGCCUGACACAGGAGUGCACACCCCUCAGUGGCCAGUGCUAAUGCAGGAGGGAACAUCUUGCUGUCUCAGCUGCUCCAGCAAUCCCAUCAUUGUAUGGCUGAAUACGACUGAUCAUCUCUCCAAAAGGAAUGUCUUCCAAUUGGAAAUGCUCUGCAAUCCAACAAGCCUGGCCAUUGGUGACUGGGUCUUGGUAUAUUCCAGAGUGGUUUCAGGUAGAAGCCCAGGGCUCCUCUGAACUCGUAUGGAUCCUCUUGGCAAGAAGAAAGAAAAGGAUCAUGGCUUAAUUGCUGCCUGUAUCUUUCUGCCCAAAUUUUAACACUUGCUUUGCUUAUUCCUGCCCUUUUUGCACUGAACAAUCUAUGAAUGUUUAAUAUUGCAAUGUUUUAAUUGCCAGUAAGUGCUCCAUGGUAAGUGACUUCAUGCUGUACUGUGGUAAAACUGAUGUGCUAAGUGGUUUCUCUGUGGCAUCUGCUACAAUCUGGUUCUCUUGGAGAUGCAGAGCUAGGUCAAAUCUGCACAACUGCUUUUAAAAAUUAAUGUGCCUGUGCAUCAUCAUGUAUUCUUAAAUCUUUGGGCACUGCUAAAGACUGCAAAAGUAUCACUCAAAAAUAAAUCUUUCCAUUAAUAUACUGUUGGCCAUUUGUCAAUGAUUACUUCGAUUCCUUUCCCUCUUUUCCCUUCCAUCUUUUCUGUUAAUUUUCUCUAUGAGCAUACAAAAGUUUAAGGCUGUAAUAUCUAUAAUAAAUGUCCGGUGAGUUUAAUUUCUAGACCAUACACAAAGUUAUAGGUAUUUGUGUGACAUCAGAAUCCGCAGCCUACUACAAGUAACACUGUCAUAUGGUUACUAAUACAUGGUCUUAGUGUCAGUGACCUAUGGACAUUGAAUUAACACAAAAGGAGUGGGAGAAGUGCAUUCCCAUUGCUGCUUCAUGGAAGCUGAGGCUUAGAAAACUUAAAAGUUGAUAUUUUUUUAAAGCUGUCUAGAGCAUAUGGAAUCCCAAAUCCCAUUAAAUCUGGUGUUCAACCAUGAAUUUUCAAAAGUGCUUGGGUAAAUCAAAGGUCCAGAUUUUCAAAGACAUUUGUUGUUACUUUGCUAAGUGAAAUCAACUGGAUUUAGAUACUUAUCUGAACGUGUAUGCAACGUCCUGUUUCUUACAAUGAAGCUUUCAUUAAAACAUUUACAAACCACUUCCCUGUGAAUGCCUUCUGAAAUAAGCUGUUCGGAAAACUUUCCAAACUGUAACCUCAUUUGCUGGAAAUCACCAAUUCAUUACUUCUGACAUUACAAUGCAACUCUGU